AACCAAUCACAUUCUCGCGGCCGCGACGCUCCCCUCCGGUCGCCGGCGACGGGAGCGGGAGCGGGAGCGGUGCAGGCGGAGGCUUCCGCCGACCCUUUUCUGGAUGGAGAGGCAUUUAGCGGCAAGGUCACCACAUCCGGCGGGAAGACCCCCCAGGGCCGCCGCUGUUGUUCGGGUUCGCCGCAGAACUCGUCGGGUGGUUGCCGCCGUUCUCAGUCGCCGCAACCGAGCAUUACGCUAAGGCGACGAUCUGAAUCGCAGGAACACGUGGAUGAAUGAGGACACUAGAGCACAACGCAGAGAUGAACAGCUGGGACAUGGACGUCGCCUACUGUCGUCGAUCCACCAGAUCGGCAUCGGGUGAUGGAACGUGGCUUGCUUUGGAACCAGGAGCUGGAGAUGGGCGAAGUCAACUAGCUGUUCCUGUUCGUCCAUCCACCGGCAACUUGCAGAUUUGAUUAAUCCAUCUCACGAUCUGGAUCAGAUGCUAAUCUCGACGCCCCUUCACCCGUGCAAGCGAGAUUGCUAGCCAUUGUGCAGACAUGACAGCCUCGUAAUCGAGCUCAAUGAGCGAUGUGCUGAUUCUUCGGUUGCAGCGCAUGAGCACUUGAUUGCACAUGAGAAUGAUUCUUGUUGUCUGCUGGUUCAGCUGACCAAUUGCCUCCACCUCUUUCAUCUUUCACUAUAUAAAAGAAGGAAGACGGAGUCCGGAACACAACAUUGCAGCAUCUUGCCUUCUCCUCCAUUUCCAGCAAAAAGAGGCUUCACAGCUUCUUCCAUUACCAAGCAUGGCCCGCCACCAGAGAUCUGUGAGCGUGCCCUCAAGCCCUCGCUCCAACAAAGCCAGCAUCGAGGAACAGCUUCAGGGCCUCAAGUUGACCGUCUGCUCACCGUCAGCGACCAUCGAAACCAUGGUUGAUGGUCUGAGCAAGAUCGGGAGCAUCUACAACAGCAUCGAUGGGCUCACAUGCUUGCCCAGCAGCCAGCGUGGGCAGAGGAAGGCAGUGGAGGAGGAGCUCGACCGCUCUCUCGUUGUACUUGACCUCUGCAAUGCCAUGCAAGAGAGCUUUGCGGACCUCAAGGCCAGUGUCCAGGAGAUGCAACUGGCUCUUAAAAGGGGAGAUGAUGCGUCUGUUCAGGUCAAGGUUCAGUCUUACGCCCGCUUAGCCAAGAAGGUGCAGAAGCAGUGCAAGAAGAUCAGCAACAAGGCUUCUUCUGACAUUGAAGGAUGCAGGGUGAUCAAGCUGCUUGCUGAAGCAAGAGAGAUUGGCAUGGCAACUCUUGAAUCGACAGUGAACCUCCUGUCCAAGCAAUUUAUGAUGCCGAGUUCUAGCAAGUGGUCACUUGUCUCCAAGGCAUUGCAAAAGAAGAGAGUUGUGUGCGAGGAGCAAUUGCAGGAGUUGGAGUUGGACAUUGUUGAUCUUGAGGGUGGAGUUGAGACUUUGUUCAGGACAUUGAUCCAGAGCAGAGUUUCUCUUCUGAACACUCUUAGCUUGUAGACAGAUCAUACAACAACUCUAACCCCCUGUGAUUAGCAUCCGCCUUUUAGAGGAUUAGCUGAUCACGCAAGCAAAUUUUUGAUGUACAUAGAUAUGAGAUGAAGUGUACAGAAAAUUAUUCAAUUGAGAGGCAAAGUUUUGGUCCA